AUGCUGACUCCACCGUACUCCGACUUGACCACACGACCAACCGGCAGCCUCCAUGUUGCGAUCGUAGGUGGUGGCAUCACAGGUGUGACCCUGGCCCUCGGCCUAGAAGCCCGCGGCGUCUCGUAUACUCUAUACGAGCGCGCGCCCGAGCUCAAAGAGAUUGGUGCCGGGGUCGGAUUCUCGCCCAACGCCGAGGCAGCGCUGAAGGCGCUCGAUCCGAAGAUCCAUGCGGCUUACAAGAGGGUUGCGAUGCCGAACGGCGAAGAUUAUUUCCAGUGGGUUGACGGCUUCGAGAGUGACAAGGUCCUCUACAAGUUGUUCCUGGGCGAGCAGGGGUUUCAGGGGUGCCGGAGGAGUGAUUUCAUAGAUGAGCUGAGCAGUAUGAUCCCGAGAGAGAAGGUCAAGUUCGGCAAGGCGGCCAAGACGAUUGAAGAGUUGAGGGAUGGAAGGGUGAGACUCGGGUUCCGAGACGGGACGGACGGGGUCGCAGACGUUGUUAUUGGAUGUGAUGGCAUUCACUCGCGCAUCCGUCAGAUACUCCUGGGCGAAGACAACCCGGCUUCAUAUCCCGCAUACUCGAACCAGUUCUGCUUCCGUGGUUUGAUACCAAUGGAUGAAGCGCGGAAGACACUUAGCGAGCAUAGGGCCUCAACGCGGUUCAUGUACAACGGGCCCAACGCGCAUUCUAUCACAUAUCCGGUAUCAAAGGACUUGCUGAAUGUACUGUUGGUCAUCUCAGACCCGAAGCCGUGGAACGGGCCCGAUGGAAAGCACACAUCUCGUGGCCGAAAACAAGAAGCCCUGGAUGCGUUCAAGGACUGGCAUCCCUCUGUCAAAAAUAUUGUCGACCUACUGCCAGAGGAGAUGGAAAAGUGGGCUAUCUUCGACAUGAUCGAGAACCCAGCACCGUUCUACUCGAAGGGAAGCGUGUGUAUAGCCGGUGAUGCGGCGCAUGCUGCGGGUCCGCAUCUCGGCGCAGGCGCCGGGUUUGGGAUGGAGGAUGCCCUGAUCAUCUGCGCUCUUCUCGAGGCGGCCGACAACACGCCCGCGUCGAAGGACGAUAGGUCGAAGGUUGAGAUGUGCCAUGAUCUGCUGCAAGUAUACAACGAUGCGAGAUACGAGCGCACGCAGUGGCUUGUCAAGCGGACGCGGGAAGCCGUUGACCUGUUCCAGUGGAAAGACUCAAGUGUAGGAAACAAUGUUGGGAAGUUCAGUGAGGAGAUUACUUGGAGGUUCCACAAGAUAUGGGACUUUGCAGUCGAAGCUAUGGCUGAGAAAGCUGUCUGGGAUUUUCAUGUUGGAGCCAGACAGGCGAGGAGGUCAGCGAGUUUGGGCUCGAUUAAGUCUAAUGACAAGAUUUGA